AUGAGGGCAAAGAUUAUUAUACAAGAAGAGGAGACACAGCAGCAGCAGCAGCAGCAGCAGCAGCAAAAUUCACAGGUACAAUUACAUAAAAUUAAACACAAACAACAACAGCAGCAGCAGCAGCAGCAGCAGCAACAGCAGCAGCAGCAACAGCAACAGCAACAACAGCAGCAGAGGGUGAGACAGAGGGAGGAAGAAGAGGAAGGGGAGGAGGAGGAAAAAGAAGAAGAAGAAGAAGAAGAAGAGGAAGAAGACAAUAAUAUGCCAAGGAAGGAAGAGGAAGAAGAUGAGGAUGAGCAGCAGCAUCAUCUGCAACAGCAGCAGCAUCUGCUGCAGCAGCAGGAGCAGCAGGAGGAGCAGCAGCAGCAGCUACCUCGUCUUGAUCUAAGACGUGUGCAUGCAUCCCCUCUCCUAUCCCAUGAGCAGCAGCACGAAGACGACGAGGACAUGGAUCCUGCUGCAGCAGCAGCAGCAGCAGCAGCCGCCGCCUCCGCGGCCACCGUUGGCUCCACCGCAGCAUCAGCAUCAGCAUCAGCAGCAGCAAGGACCACCAGCACCAGCAGCAGCAGCAGCAGCAGCAGCAGCAGGAGCAGCAAGGACUAUAUAGUUGCAAAGGAGGUGCAGCAGCAAUCAAGUUUUGCUGCUUUUGUUUCCUUAGCGGAGAAUCUUCCUUUUACACCAAGAGCAGCAAAACAAUUCCUGCAGAAGCUAGCAGCACCACACUGCAGCAGCAGCAGCAGCAGCAGCAGCAGCAGCAGCAGCAGCAAUAGUAGUAGUAGUAGUAGUAGUAGUAGUAAUAGGGGGUGCAGCAACAGAGGAGGGUGUAAGGGAAGAGAUAGGUGUCAUGAGUGCCGGCAGAAACAGCAGCAGCUCGUGCUGCACCAGCAGCAGCAGCAGCAGCAGCAGCAGCAGCAGCAGCAGCAAGGAGGAAGGAGAGGGGAAGAUAGUUUUUAUAUAGAUAUGGGGGCAGAAGAUUCCUUCGCUAGCUGCGGAUGCUGGGGGCCCCUCGAUAGAUAUGGGGGGCCCCUAGGGGGGCCCCCAGGAGGGUACAGAUCUCCUGCUGCGUCUACUGCAGCAGCAGCAGCAGCAGCAGAACUCUUCGGGGUGGGGCCCCCAAACCCUAGACCGGGUACUGGCAGGGGCCCCCCUUGGUAG